AUAGCUAACCAGAGGUCACGUCUGGCCGCUCUCUCGCUGCAUUAGGUCGAGUUUGUAACCUGUCACAACAAUAACAAUAUGAUUCGCAAUUCUUUGGUUGCUGGCGUGAUAUUAGUAGCGUUAGCCUACUUUUAUGAUCGUAAAACAACCGAUACAUCAUUAGAUGUUGAUGGGACUGGUAUUUCUGUAGAAGAGGCAACACUGAAUGCAUGGGAAUCCACCAUAACCAAGCCUUCUGUGCCAAUCACGAAAAUCGCAAUCGGGCUAAAUGUAAAUGCAGAUUUGAUCGUAUCUGGGACAGCAUUACUCAAAGCUUUGAAGAUAAAUCCUAAAAACAAACAUGACCACUCCACUCUGCAUGACCUCACUCACUUAGGGGAGACAUUCGGAUACUUCUUCAGCAAGGGGGCGGGAGGGGAGAGGUACUUCAGCAAUGGGGAAGUUUAUAAACAGAUCAUUGAUGUUGCAGACAAAAUACCUGAUAAGCAGUAUUCCCUUGGAGGAAAUGCUGGCCUCAUGGCUCAGAAGAUAGCUAACACAUUACCAAAUGUUCAGAUUCGGUUUAUCGGGCCUGUUGGACCAAUAGCAGGUAAACUCUUCUCCAAAACUAUUAAUAUUCCAAGUGGUGUUAUGGUUGAGAAAGAUGAGGUACAUCUGAUCAUGGAGUAUGCAAAGGGUGAAAAGUGGGGAGAGGAUGUUGCACCUGUAGCAACCCGUUUCAUCACCUCAAAUGACAUUGCAAACGCUAACCUGGCUCGACUUGAUAUGUUUGUAAAGAGCGUCAUCGAGUUCAAACCACAGAUGAUUGUAUUAUCUGGUCUUCAUCUACUUGAUGGUCAUCCGCAAGAGACGAGGACACGGCUGCUAAAAAUGAUGAGGAAUGAGAUUAUCAAGAUGCCGCGGAAGGUUCCCAUUCAUCUAGAACUAGCAAGCAUGGCAAACGCUGACUGCUUAGCAGAGAUUGCGCAGCAGAUAUUUCCAUUCAUUCACUCCAUUGGUCUCAAUGAGCAAGAGCUUGUCUUUUUCUCACAAGCAAAUCAUGGACCACACCAGGAUCUAAAACCUGUUAAUGGCUAUCCAGAAAUCGCAGCUGUUGGAGACAUUGUCAGCUGGCUUCUUGGCAAGUACUCAGGAGGUUCUAGUAAGCUGGCGCGGGUUCAUUUCCACAGUUUGACGUAUCACCUAAUUGCCACAAAAAUGGACACGUGGCAAAAUAGUGCAUCAGCUGUUGCAGCAGGAGCUCGGGUAGCCGGAGAGCAAGCCUGCAUGACAAAGCCUAUACAACCGUCAAAAGUUGAUCUACUAAUUCCUAAAGCAUUUAGUCUUUCAGUGGAUAAUAUACAAUUAAGACAACAAGUAGUUAUAUAUGAUCCUGCUAGGCCGGUAACUUUGUGGAAUAGGGAUGGGGUAGACUUUGCCUUCAGCCCUGUACUUGUAUGUAGAAAACCUGGGAACACAGUUGGCCUAGGUGAUGCUAUAUCAGCUACUGGAUUACUUUAUUCAAUGUACAGUAUAGAAACUAAAUAGGAUGUAUUGUUUAUUACUGUACAGUAUUAUGUUUUUUCUUUUUGUAAUUGCUGUACUUUAACGAUCUUCAUUUUUUAAGUCCACAUCAUCAUUAUUAUUUACUUUUCAUUUUUCCAGUUAUUUCUUAAUUUUUAU